AUGGCUGCGACGCGUCGCCAGCAGGCGCCGCUCCAGAUUUUCCAGGAUCCCGUCACCUCGUUCGACCACCAUGAAGUCGCCGAAGCCGAAGCUGCGCUGCUGUCCGCCCUCGGUCCCGUAACCGAUGUGUCGUCGAGUCACCACACCCUCCUCAACCCCUCCCACUCCGAGGGGAGCGCACACUCGCCGCGCAAGCCGCGGGGGCAGGAGUCUAGCUCGCCGGCCCCGCACGCUCUCGCUGAGAGCAAUAUCAACUCCAUCUCCAUCCCUCCUCCCCGUCACAACGACUUCACCACCGACUCGCCUCUGAAGAGGAAGGCCUCUCAACCGGACCUCCGCGCGCGAAAAUCGCAGAACGCCCUCUUCACCACCUUCCACUCUGCCGGCGCCACGGACAAGGAGAACGACUACGCCCCCGUAUACGCCAACAACUUCCCCCAAUUCUCGGAUCCCAUCUACCAGAAGAACCCAGCAAAGCACCAGCUCAUGGAUGCUGCGCCGCUGCGCGACCGCAAUGCGAAGAAGCCGACGAAGCCUCAGGACGAUGACCCGAAGCCUCUCCCCGCACCUGCUGAGAUGCCGCCCAUUGAGGACGAUGGCACCAAGCCGGCGUACAGCUAUGCCACCCUCAUUGGCAUGGCAAUCCUGCGCGCGCCACAGAGGCGACUCACUCUCGCACAGAUCUACAAGUGGAUCUCUGAGACAUUCAGUUAUUACCGUGCCGGUGAGACGGGGUGGCAGAACAGCAUCCGGCAUAACCUCAGCCUCAACAAAGCCUUCAUCAAACAGGAACGUCCCAAGGACGACCCUGGCAAGGGCAACUAUUGGGCAAUCGAACCCGGCCUCGAGCGCCAGUUCAUGAAGGAGAAACCCCGCCGCAUGACCAACCCGGGAGACCCCAGCUUCCUGCAGUCUUAUCACGGCGAUAUCCUGAGACCGUCAACAGCACCGUCGUCAAGGCAACCAGCAGUGUCGGCGUUCCCGCUCCAAUCCACUCCCAUUGGCGAGAGCAUCGACUCGAGCAAAUUCCCCGAUGAGACUGAGCUGUCAUCUGACGCGACCAUCCCUGCCUCGGAUCCGGCGAUUCACGACGGACAGGACGCUGGCAAUGAAAAUGAGAAGUCGCACGCCCUGCGUUCUUCACCGCCGCCCCCGGCUGAGAUCCACUCUUCGCCCCCGCCAGCCAUGUCUCAGUCGCAGCACGAGGGGACCCCUCCCCGUGCGCCACGCUUGUCGUCCACGAGCCGUUCCGGCGGUCGGAAGCGGAAGUUCUCCACUCUGGGCGACAGCGGGUACUACUCGUCCAUCGAGUCAUCGGCUGUCAAAGGUCACCACGCCCUUGGAGCCAUUCCCACUUCAGAAGCGGAUCUUGACCGGCCAGCGCACAAGCGUGGUCGCGCCGAAGAAGAAAUCGCGCGGAUGCGUGGGUCAUCGUACGACAGUCCCACGAAGAGCCGUCCUCUCCUCAAGCAGCCUGGCAACGUGUACCCGUCAUCGUCGCCUUUCCGUCUCUUCGACAAGAACACGGUCGAGCUGGCGACACCACUCACACCUGCCAUUGUCUUCAAGAAGCCUGCUAGGCCUCCUGCAUCCAUCUCCCCAAACACCAACCUUCGUAACCACCGCGACCGCGUCCGUGAGAUGGUUGGGUCUCCGGACAAGACGCUCGGUUUGCUUGCUGAUGUGAACCCCUGGAGCCCCGCUUUCCACUUGCCUGAUGAGGAUAACUUCAACCUCCUGGAAGACCACUUCAACGACAACUUUGACGUGUUCAAUGACAGCCCGCUGCAGCAAUCCCGGUCUUCUCGCGGUUCGCCUGAGAAGCGUUCCAUCAAGCGACCUUCAAGCGCUCGUGCCAUGACCUCUUCCAGCAUCCUUGCUGACAUUACGGGCUCGCGCGCCAACAUCGCGACGCCCGAGUCAUCGAAGCAAUGGCUCAGGCCGCCGUCGCACAAAAAGAGUCUGUCUGACUUCUUCGCUGGAAGGACGUCGGCAGCUCCCAGCCCUCUCAAGACUCCUGGCGCAUCCAAGGCCGACGACCUCUUUGGUAUCGACCUUUGCGAUGAUGACGGCGAAGAGCCCGGCUUGGGCUUUGACAUCCUCCAGGGCUUCCAGAAGAUCGGUGCUCGCCAGCCGCAGCUUGAGAGCCCUACCAAGAAGUCCAAGCCCGCAUUCGGCCGGAGUCACACAACUCUGCUCUGA